AUGUGCCGGAUGGUAGAAGGUAAAGUCAUGGGAAAGGGGGGAGGUAUCCUGAAGAUUUGUGCUCCCACCACAUGCCUAGUUUUUAAAGAUGCUCCUUGGUUAUUUGACCUUUCUAACUCCCAUGCUGUGUUAAGUGAGCCAGCAAUUUUCCCAGGGAGUUUUCUGAUGAAUUCUCUGAGUUUCCUUUUUCGUCACCAUCCAAAUUGCAACAGUUGGAGUCCCGUUGCAACAUCUGGAGGGAACCAGGUUUGGGGAGGCUUGAUGGAGAAAACAUCAGCGUAAUUUAGCAUCAUAACACUGGGCCAGGGGUUUAUCCUGACUCUGAUCAGGAGUAGCCAGAAUCAGCCACUUGCUGCCCAAUGUGGAAAGUGGAUCAGAGGACCUUGUUAGUCAUCUGCAGGAGAGCAGCCCUGGGGAUCAGCUCUGCACUCUUUGCAAAAUAAGAAGUACCGUAACUGGCAGUGCCUUUUGUCUGUUUAAAAGGUUGUUGUGACUUGGCGCAGAGUUCGGUUUUUUAAUUUUUUUUAUAAUUUUAAUUUAUAUUACAACAAUAGUUCAACUAUAAUUCUAACAUUUCGAACCUUGACUUCCUUCCUGCUCUUUCUGUGGUUCCUUAUAUUUAUUUUCACAUUUUCUGCAUACUCCAAAUUAUCUUAACUCAUUCUUUUAAUCAUCUGUUCUCACAUAUAUUUUUGAAACUGCAGGUUUUUGCAAUAAUCCCGCCAACGUUUUAAUCCAUUUACAGUUUAUUUGUAAAUAUUCAAUAAACCAUUUCCAUUCCAUUAUAAAAAGUUUUGUGUCUUAUUCUUAUUCUUUAGUUUCUUAUUCUUCUGGUAAGCUUUGUCAUUUCUGCAUCCAUUAGUUUUAUUAUCUAUUCUUCUUUCAUCGGGACAUCUACUUCUUUCCAUUCUUGCAGCUGCAGCUGCAUAUAUAAAUAAAUUUCUAUACUGUUUAGGUAGUUCUGAUCCUAUAAUUCCCAAGAGAAAAGCUUCUGGUUUUCUUACAAAUGUUACCUUAAACAUUUUUUCAAUUCAUUAUAUAUCAUUUGCCAGUAAGCUUUGACCUUAUUACAAGACCACCACAUGUGAAAAAAACGAACCUUCUUUCUCUUUACACUUCCAACACUUAUUCGCUUUUGAUUCAUACAUUUUUGCCAGUCUACUAAGUGUUAAAUACCAUCUAUAUAACAUUUUUCAUAUAAUUUUCUCUUAUACCAUAGCAAGUUGUAAAUUUUAUAUCCAUAUUCCACAAUCAUCCUCAUGCCUCCUUUUCAAUGUUAUGACCAAUAUCUAUUGCCCAACAUAUUGUUGAAGAUUGCACUUGUUCAGCCUUUGUUUCCCAUUCCAAUAACAUCUUAUGCAUUUUAGUCAUCACUUUAUUGUUACAGUCUAACUGAUCUUUGCUUCUCCCUUCUUCCACAGAACAGCCAGAGUCUCAGAUGGGAGAGCCAAGCCGGACCCCUCCCUCCCCUCGGAGCUGGAGGAAGUCUUUCAAUACGAGGGGAGCCUGUGGAGAGACGGCCGGCCGCAACAUCGCUGGUUCUCUUCUGGCAAGGGAGGUCAUCCGGCAGGAAGCCAUUCAUAGUGAGGAGGGUCUUUCUGUGGCUCUUACCUCAGGUCUCCCUCAUAAAUAUUAGGCAAGGGAGUCCAGGGGGGAUCUUCACUUUCGUAAAGCAUGGGGAGGGAGGGAGUGCCUGGGAGAUCGGCUGGGAAGUGGGUCCUUCUCCCUCCCAAGGGUAGCCUGGAACUUUUGAAUUCUCAAAAAUGGCCAGGAGAUCAUUUUUCUCCAAACAAGACCCAGAAUGACAGUGGUGGACUUCGGGCUCUCAAAUUCCAGUGCCAUCCUGUGCAACUCCCACCCACAAGGCCCACUGCCACCUCUCGUGCUCUGUACCAGAGCGCUGUUUUGGCACCCCCUGCAGUGCGGUGCCCAGUGCAGCCACACCAGUCACGCCGCCCUAAAACCGCCAGAGCCAUGGGGUGCUUCCUGGUGUCCAGGCUGGCAAAUGGCCACAGCUCAGCAGUGGAGCCCUUGCCUUGCCUGCAUGAGCCCCAAGUGCAGUGGCAUCUCCAGGAAGGCCUGGGAAGGAGGGACCCCUGCCUGAGGCGCUGGACAGCCACCUGCCGAUCAGCAUGGAGGUCACUUUGGGCCAGGAGGACCAACUCCUUGGCACCCCACCAAUGGCCACUCUUUGGGCUUUGCUCCCAGUUCAGGAGGAGAGCAGGAUCCAUCUCUCCUUGUCAGGCAGAACCCAAGUCUUUUUUCAAAGAACAGUCCACUUUAGCUGCCUCUCUUCCAGACCCUGCUGGGAUGUGGCCUCUACCUCACGUUAUUCCCCUUCUGCCCUCUUUGCACAGAGCUGUUUAUGAUGACCUGAGCUCCCUUCGUAUUGUGGCCAUGCUCUUCUAUCAGCGGCUCCAUACAGAAAAGCUCCUUUCGCAGGAGGAGCUGACCCUCAUCUUCCCCGACCUAAGAGAACUGAUUAAGAUCCAUGGUAAGUCUGCUUCCCCUCCAGACUGUGGCUGGCCCAGGCCUCCACUCCAUCCUGGGUGCGUCAGGGGCAGAGGGAGAAGGGACAAAAAGAAAAGCACAGCAUCCAAAGAGCUCUGCAGCAGGAUCAGGCCCAAGGGGCCCAGCCACACCUGCAGCCUUUUUUCAGGGGGGGGCGCAAGCAACAGGGCAGGAGCUCAAGCGCAAUGCCCCCCACCCCCGGAACAGGGAUUGUUCAGAGGCAUCCACUGCCUUGGGUAGGGGAGGAUGGAGGGGGCAGCCAGUUGCUGCCUCUGAGCCUAACCUACCUCACAGGGUUGUUGUGGGGAUUAAUUGAGGAGGGAAUCCAUGGACACCCUCUUGAGCUCCUUGGAGGGUAAGGUGGGGUGUAAAUGACAUAAAUAAAUGAGACGCCAGGUCUCUCCACCACUGAGAAAGUGGUAUUUUAAAAAGAGCAGGCCGUCUCCGUCCCCCUCCUGUCCCUGCUGGGGUUAUUCUUUAUUCCCCCACUCCCAUUGCCUUGCUCAACCUCUCCUCCCGUGUUUCUUCCCUCCCCUCCCAGGUUCUCUGUUGGGGAAAAUGAGGGAUCUGCUGGAGAAAGGGCCCCUCACCAAGAAGAUUGGGGACCUCCUCCUUUCCCAGGUAAGGAUCCCAGAGCAGGGUGGAGAGGCUGGCAGCAGCUGGGAAGGGGCUGCCUGUGGGUCUCCAGUGGACUGGGGCCCUUGAUUUCCUGAUGCUCACCAGGCGUGUUUCCUCUCCAAGGCCCCCUACCUUCCCCCCAGUUUGGUGUGGCUGCAAGCGAGGAGUUCCGGCAGGCCAUCCUCAAAAGCAGCUUGCAGCAGGCCAGGGCCCUGGAGAUUCUUAAAACGAAGCAGCAGAGGGAUGCUCAGCUCCGGCAUGUCAUCCAGGUAAGCUGUGUGAGAAGAGGAGGCUGAGCUCACGGAAGGGGCCUUCUCAGCUGCUGGCUGGACACUGUCCCUGGGGGGCUCUUUUCCCAUGCUGGCCCUGAAAAGUUGGAUGGGUCCAGCAAAGUUCCCAGCCUUUUGAGGUCCUUUCCAGUUGUCCUCAGUUUGCGGGCUCAGGACUUUCCGACAUAUGGGCAUAAAGUGGGGUUCAUCAUCAGCCUGCUGUCCGAAAGCUGCCACAAGAGAGUCCAUUGCUGGCCGAUUUUGACACCUUAGGCAACAACUCCAGGGCAUGUACACGGACCCCGUCAGGACUCAGACUGCCAACUGCCUGAUCUGGAAGCUGUAACAGAGAAAUCAGUUGGUGGGGAAGUAUGCCAGUGAAUUUCAGCUGCUGGCACAGGAAUUGGCUUGGAAUCAGGCAGCUCUAGUGGACCAGUUUCAAGAAGGGCUUUCAGACCCACUUCUAAACAAACUGGCCCACACAGAGUGCCUGCAAAACCUGAUUCACCUGUGUCUCAGGAUUGCUCAGUGCCUACAACAGUGCCAACAGGACCCAUCUGGUGGCACCUUCUCCAGGGGGUGCCGUGCCCCAACCCACUCCAGAAGUGCCUCCUGCUGAGGAGUCACUGCAAAUAGGGGGAAUUCGCCCUCAUUUGGUGGCAGUUGGCAAUGAAAGGAGACGCAGAGAGGGAGACCAGCCCUGCAGACCUGGGCCAUGAUCGAUUCAGGGGCUAUGGCCAACUUCAUGGCCAUGGAUUUUGCUACCUGGCAGGGAAUCCCCAGUCACCUCUUGUGGUGGAAACAAUUGAUGGCCAGCUUUUGGCCUUGGGACUGGUGACUUGGGCAGUGGACAAGCUGCAGCUGCAGGUGGGGACUCAUAGUGAGGAGGCAGAGUUUUAUUUGGCUUCUGCACUCCAUUUCCCCAUUGUGUUGGGCCUGGAGUGGUUGGAGGCCCAUGAUCCACACAUCAGUUGGUCCCAGAGGACAAUCAGCUUUGGUGUCCUGGGCUGCAUGGGCCAUGUCUGUUUGGCACUAGCAGCCCUGGCAGCAGGAAUGGAGAAGGAUGGGCUUGCCGACCUGCCUGCUAAGUAUGCCGAGUUUGCUGAUGUGUUCAGUGAAACAGAAGCAGACCUCUUGCCACUUCAUUGACCCUACAACUGUCCUAUCAACCUGAUUCCUGGGGCUCAAAUUCCAGUAACCUGUAUCUGCCCUUUGUUGGAACCUGAAUGGGCCACAUUACGUGAGUUCAUUAUUACCAAGAAUCUGCAGAGAUGUUUUAUAUAACCCUCUUCCUCACCAGCUGCUGAUUCUGUACGAUUUGUGAGUAAGUUGCGGGAGUUGUGGCUUUGCAGUGAUAACUGGUGUUUAAACCAGGUUACCAUCCAUAAUUGAUACUCACUUCCCUUCAUUGCUGAAAUUUUGGAGCAGCUGCAGGGGGGGGGCACACUAUUCACCAAGCUGGACUUGCAGGGAGCCUAUAACCUGGUGCACAUCUGUGAGGGUAAUGGAUGGAAGACAGCAUUUCGGACACGAUAUGGGCACUUUGAGUACACUGUAAUUCCCUUCAGCUUGACCACUGUGCCUGGUCUUCCAACAUUUCAUGAAUGAUGUGUUCCAGGACCUCCCUGACCGCUUUGUUUACCUUGACAAGAUCCUGA